ACUUUCAACCCGCACGGGCUCCCGUUCCGUUCGUACCCGCGAUCCACCCCCUUUCAUAUGCGCUCCGCUCCACACCACCACGGAUCUCGCCGGCCCCGUUGCACGCGCCGCGCAGCCUUUCCUUUCCACUCUGCACGCGCCGGCAGCGAACGGUUCCUCCCUACCGUUUGAACGGUUCGGCUCGGAGGCGAACUUGGGCCGGGCCCGCUGCCCAGUCCUCGUUCGUUCGUUCGUUCCACCGAUCGCUGAGUGCCGGACGGAGGUUUUGCUCUGGCCGCAAGGGAGGUUCCCUUGACGGCGGUGGCGGAUGGGGUGCAAGGGGUCGAAGCACGCGCUGCAUGGCGGCGGCGGCGGCGGGGGCGCGUUGGAGCCGCGGAAGUGCGCGUCGGGGCUCGUGGCGCGCCACUCCGUCGCGCUCCGGUCGUCCACGCUCGGCACGCUCAGCCUCGACCGCGCCACGGCCGCUGCGGCGGUUUCUUUCGCCGGAGGGGAGGGCGCGGGGACGGCAGCGAGGUCCGGGAAGGAGGGCGCGGCGGGGAGGUGCCGGUCCUUCGCCGGGUGGUUCCCGGCGUCGCCCAAGGUGGAGCCGGGCCAGCCGGUGAAGCGGCAGAGGCUGGCGCCCCCGCGGACGCCCACCAAGACGCCCGCGCGUGCCCCCGAGGAGAUCAACGUGUGGGAGCUCAUGGACGGGCUCGACGACGACGACGCGGACGAGGAAGAAUACGGCGAUUGCCUGGACGGGCAGGUUCCGUCGGCGUGCGGAUCGCCGGAGUUCGACCCUGACGUCCUGUCGGCGUUCCGGGAGGCGCUCGCCGAGCUGUCGCCUCCUCCUACGGACGCCGACGUCGUGAGCGACGGAGGAGCCGUCGUCAAGGAGGAAAUCGAGGUGUUCGCCGACGUCGCGAGCGACGGAGGAGCCGUCGUCAACAAGGAGGAAAUCCAGGUGUUCACCGACGUCGCGAGCGACGGAGGAACCGUCGUCAACAAGGAGGAAAUCCAGGUGUUCACCGACGUCGCGAGCGACGGAGGAGAGAUCGUCAAGAAGGAGGAAAUCCAGGAGCUCGCCGACGUCGCGAGCGACGGAGGGGCCGUCGUCAAAAAGGAGGAAAUCCAGGUGCUCGCCGACGUCGCGAGCGACGGAGGGGCCGUCGUCAAGAAGGAGGAAAUCCAGGUGUUCGCCGAUGAUGCGAGCGACGGAGGAGCCAUCGUCAAGAAGGAGGAAAUCCAGGUGUUCGCCGGCGUAGUGCGGGCGCGACUCGACGUGCUCCAGGGAAGGAUCGACAGCAGGUCACAAAAGAAUCCCCCGCCGCCGCCGGAGAGCGCGAGGCGGGUGGUCGUGUACCUGACGAGCCUCCGCGGCAUCCGGCAGACGUACGAGGACUGCUGGGCGGCGAGCACCAUCCUGUCCAGCUACGGCGUGCACGUGGACGAGCGCGACCUGUCGAUGCACGCGGGGUACAAGGAGGAGCUGCGCGACGCGCUCGGCGCAGGCGCCCUCGCCGGCGUGCUGCCGCAGGUGUUCGUCGACGGGUGGCACCUGGGCGGCGCCGAGGAGGUCCGGCGCAUGCACGAGUCCGGGGAGCUGGCGGAGGCCCUCGAGGCCUGCGAGGCGGCGCCGGGCGCUGCCGCCGGCGGGAAAGAGGGGCCGGGAGGCUUCGCUGCGGAGCCGUGCGGCGGGUGCGGGGGCGCGCGGUUCGUGCCGUGCGACGUCUGCUCCGGCAGCUGCAAGGUGUUCGUCGAGGACGAGGACGGUCCCGGGGCGUUCAGGCGGUGCCCGGACUGCAACGAGAACGGGCUACUGAGAUGUCCAAUCUGUUAAUGGAACCACUCCCUGUAAACUGCUUGGAUUUGUUGUUGUUGUUGUUUUUAGUGUGCCUUCUCUGUAGCUAAUAUCGAUGUGUUCAUCCAAAAAAUGGUACAGAGUUAAACAAAA